AGGUAUUGACUCACAGGGUUAACUCUUGUGUCCCGUGUUAUUACACAGCAAUAUUUGGGGUGGCGCGCCUGUCGCCCGUGUGUUUUGCUGGUCGGAGGCUUUGCACAGAGAUGGCAAGAGAACCCUAGCAGACUGUGGGGCCUGUACGGUUGGGCAUUUUCCCGACAACCGUAACGUUAGAGAACCGCAGAGACUCAGAGAGUAGUAAAGAAGCGGAACAACGGAAAAGAGGAACCAUGGGACACGGAGUGGGCUGAAUCAGAGGGUCUAGCAGCACACACCAGUUGGUUCCCACUGUGGUGUAUGACAUGGCCACGGCCUUAUCUAGAGCAGAGUCUAGCCAUAACCACAGAAGAACAUCACAGCUCCAUGCCAUUGUUUCCUGUGCCAAAUUCAAGAGGAGGAGGACCCUGUUUGGAACUGCCAUUUAUGUAGAGGUCACAGCGGAGGGGGUGUCGUGCCGCACAGCGAAGUCUCACAGCUCCUCCAGUCCUAAAUGGGAUGAGAGGCUCACUCUGAAUGUAACACUGCACACACAGGUGCAUUUCAAAGUAUGGAGUCACCACACCCUGAAGACGGAUGCUCUGCUGGGCAAAGCAACGCUAGACCUAUUUCAAGCCUUGGAGCAGCAUGACAGAAAAUUGGAGAAUGUGAAAGAGGUGCUGAAGCUGAACGUGGAGCAGAAGGGCGCUCUUGUACCCACAGGGGAGCUGACUGUCUACCUAGAUGGACUGACUGUCACUGAUCAGGAGGAACUGGCACCGCUUACCAAUGGCAAUGCAGCAAAUGGCACCAAGUUCCAACAGAACGGUGAUGCCAUCCAUGAAAAUGGAGACUCGUCUUCUUCUUCCUCAAGGGCUGCCAACAGCUCAGUGAAUGGUACAGACUGGGGACCGAGGUCAGGCUUCUGUUCGGCCUCCAAUGGUGUAGAUGGUCAGGUGCCUUCCAGCUCCUGCAGCCCUGCCCUUAGUCAUGUCGUCAAUGGAGACGCCACACUCGACUCCACCCCCAUCCACCAACCCUCAGACAGUGACACAGAGGGUAGGAUGGUCAAUGGGGAGUCCUGUGAUGCUGCGCUCGAGCCAUCGUCUGCCACAACAGGUGAUGUGCUGCCCCCUGCAGAUAACGAGGACUGCAGUCAAGAUACGACCCUUCCAGACUCUGACACAGCACCAAAUUGCACAUCUCAACCCCUGCCAACCUCCACGCAGGCUCCAGCCUCCUCUUCUGCUGCUAAGCCUACUGAUGGCGCUGCUUCCUCCACAUUCACCUCCCCAUCACAGGGGGCCACCACCAUCACAACCUCCUCGUCAUCAUCCUCUUCCUCCCCAGCACUGGGAGAAGCAAAUGCUUCAGGAGGUGGUGGUAGCAGUGGUAACAACGCAACGGUAACGACAGAAGGGGCCAAGCCCAGGCAGCAGGCCCCCAAUGCUGGAGCCUCAGAUCCUCUACCACCUGGGUGGGAGCAGAGAAAGGACCCCCAUGGGAGAACCUACUAUGUAGACCACAACACCAGGACUACUACAUGGGAAAGACCACAGCCACUACCACCAGGUUGGGAGCGCCGAGUGGAUGACCGGGGAAGGAUCUAUUAUGUGGAUCACAAUACUCGCACCACCACAUGGCAGCGUCCCACCAUGGAAUCGGUCCGCAAUUUUGAGCAGUGGCAAAGCCAACGCAGCCAGCUGCAGGGAGCUAUGCACCAGUUUAACCAGAGAUACCUCUACUCUGCAUCCAUGAUGUCUGCUGAGAAUGAUCCUCUUGGCCCGCUACCUCCUGGUUGGGAGAGGCGUGUGGAUUCCAAUGACCGAGUGUACUUUGUCAACCAUAACACCAAGACAACGCAGUGGGAAGAUCCCCGAACACAAGGGCUACAGAAUGAGGAUCCUCUGCCUGAAGGUUGGGAGAUCCGGUACACAAGGGAAGGGGUGCGUUACUUUGUGGAUCACAACACCCGAACCACCACUUUCAGUGACCCCCGUACUGGAAAGUCCUCUGUCACCAAAGGCCCUCAGAUUGCUUAUGAGCGCAGCUUCCGAUGGAAGCUUGCCCAUUUUCGCUACUUGUGCCAGUCUAAUGCUCUCCCUAGCCAUGUGAAGAUCACAGUCUCCAGACAGACGCUGUUUGAAGACUCUUUCCAGCAAAUUAUGGCCCUAAAGCCUUACGACUUGAGGAGGAGACUCUAUGUCAUCUUCAGAGGCGAGGAGGGUCUAGACUACGGUGGCCUAGCCCGAGAGUGGUUCUUUUUGUUGUCCCAUGAAGUGCUGAACCCCAUGUACUGUCUGUUUGAGUAUGCCGGCAAGAGCAACUACUGUCUGCAGAUCAACCCGGCCUCUGCUAUCAACCCAGACCACCUCUCCUACUUCUGCUUCAUAGGCCGCUUCAUCGCAAUGGCACUUUUCCACGGCAAGUUCAUCGACACAGGCUUCUCUCUGCCUUUCUACAAACGCAUGCUGAACAAGAAGCUAAUACUGAAAGACCUGGAGUCCAUCGACCCGGAGUUCUACAAUUCUCUUAUAUGGAUCAGGGACAACAACAUUGAAGAGUGUGGUCUGGAGAUGUACUUCUCGGUGGACAUGGAGAUCCUGGGAAAGAUCACCUCUCAUGACCUUAAACCUGAUGGAACCAAUGUUCUGGUCACUGAGGAGAACAAGGAGGAGUAUAUCAGUCUAAUGGCAGAGUGGAGGUUCUCCCGCGGAGUAGAAGGUCAAACCAAAGCUUUCCUGGAUGGUUUCAACGAGGUGGUUCCACUUCAGUGGCUCCAGUACUUUGAUGAAAAGGAACUCGAGGUGAUGCUGUGUGGCAUGCAGGAGGUCGAUCUGCAGGACUGGCAGAGGAACACGGUUUACCGUCACUACACAAGGAACAGCAAACAGAUCAUCUGGUUCUGGCAGCUGGUGAAAGAGGUGGACAACGAAGUGCGACUGAGGCUCAUGCAGUUUGUUACUGGAACCUGCAGGCUUCCUCUGGGCGGCUUUGCUGAACUCAUGGGAAGUAACGGGCCCCAGAAGUUCUGCAUUGAGAAGGUGGGAAAGGACACAUGGCUUCCUCGGAGCCACACAUGUUUUAACCGUCUGGACUUGCCUCCUUACAAGAGCUUCGAACAGCUGAAGGAGAAGCUGCUCUUUGCCAUCGAGGAAACCGAAGGAUUUGGCCAGGAAUAGAGGGAAGAGUCCUCUUGUAUCUCUUUCCCUCCCCAUCGCUGUUUAGUCAGCCAAGUAAAACAAACAAAAAAAAUUGCACAAGAUAACCACCAAUGUAUAUAAGCUAUUUUGUCAUUUUAAACCAAAUCUUAAUUUGCAGCAUCACUUUUGCCGCAAUCCUGUCCCCUACUCCUUAAAUAUUAUAUGAUGCCCCAUCGUGAAAUAUGCAAGCAUUUCAACAUUUUUGCUCCUCUGUUUAAAAGCAGAAAUCAUGGAUUUUUUUUAUUUCCUCCCCACUGCUGACUGGCUUUUUAAAAGAGACAAAGUGUUUUUGAGAGGAUUUUAUAGUCGAAGCGCAAUCUUCUUUUAAAGCUCUAGUUCUAUAGAGCUUCUAAAAGGCAAAAGUAGUAUUGGGGUCUGGUGCCUGAAUUUUUUUCCCCUCCCUGUUGGACCCAUAGUAAUUGCAGUUUUUGCGUGCUUGCAUGGCUGCCUCUGAAGAUGAGAAGACUGCUGUGACCACCCUUCUCCACCACACACACACAAAGACAUUUUAGCAUGGAUGAUCUGCCUCUUUCUUUCUCCUUUUUUACCAUAAUCAUCAAAAAGGCAAAGUGUUCUGGAUGGAAUGAGCUGAAACUGAGAUUAUCCUCUCAUACAGUUUUUCCCUCCAUGAGAUUCUGGAUAGCAGCCCAGAGUAAGACGCAUAACCGGAUCCACUGGUUUGGAUAAAGACAUUUAGGAAAAAAAGACUGAAGUUCUUGAAGAGAGGCUACUAUAUCAAAAAACAAAAGGAAUAUGGUGACUCAAGGAAAAUAUUUUAAAUUGAAGUAAAAGGUGAAUUGUGAGCGUGGUGGCGUUAGGGCCUGUGGGUUAUAGUUCUGAUGCUUAAACCAGAGACAUUGGACAUGUUCCAGGCCCCCUUGACUGCAGCCCGCUGCUUCAGUUGGCAAGUAAGAUGCACACCAGGAUGACCCAUUCAAUUUUCAGAGGUCCAUGGUGUGUCUGUGCUUGGCAGAUUCUCUUUUGCUUCUUUUACUUUUGAUCUCAGACUGUGAAGUGUCUCCAGAACUAUGAAGCCACUGUGGUUUACAGAGCACCAGACAUGAUUGUGCUUAUUUGCUAACAUGAAGAUCACCUUUACUUUAACCCCUCAUCUAUACUUAUCACAAUACAAAUACCCAUACAGUGCAUUUUGUUAUGAAGAUUAUCACUGUAACAUGAUGCAUACCAAAUGAAAACUGACCUUUAAUGAUAGUGUAUGAUAUUUGGCCAUCUUUGGUAUCAUAAGGUCCAAAGGACAUCUCAUUCAUAUGAAUGUACUCCUUCCAGUACAUUCCUACAGGUAUUGGAAAAAAAGCUGUUGUCAGCUUCUCACUUGUUUACCAAGCAUAAACUUAUUACAACCGAAUCCAGUGCUGCAUAGAAACCCUAGCAUUGUUGCAAACAUGUCAUUAACAUGGCAGUAAAUGUCCUACAAAGUUUAAUGGAUAAAGAGUUUUUGGUCAGUGAUGAAAAAGGAUAUUAGAGAGAUCAGAUAGAAGAGUAUCAAAUUUCAUGUCUUGAAUGACUUGAAAGCAACAUAUACAAGCAUACAUUGCAUGGAGGUGUGGGAGGAGUGGAAACUGUCAAAGGAAAAGAAAAUAAGCGUGAAAAGCAUAUUUGAGGGGCCUAUAGAUUCACUAGAAACGUUGUAACUGGGUCAGAAACCACUACAGUAUUGUUCAAAAAUAACAAUUCUGUGACUGUUAUUUGGCUGUGCAGUCAACAGUUUGACUACAGUUAUGCUACACAAAAUUCGAGCCAUAACGCUGAGCCCUCUUUCCUGAGAUCAAACAAUUUAAUGUAAUCAGCCCAUGUUCAGUCUCAUUCUCAAGCUUUGUGCUGCGAUAGACUUUGUUUUUAAUAAUGUGUGCGUGUAUAAAUCGGUGAAGUUGAAGCAGUUCGCAGAAAAACAAACUAGCGUUGUCCACAUACAAGUAAUGAUUACAAGACUCCAUUAAUGAGACGCUAACGUGCCACAGACCAAAUGUGUGGAAACGUUUCACACUGCAACUCCUCAGCAGCUUAAGGCCUGUUUGAAGACUAACACAGCAGCAAGCCUGAUGAUACAUUGCAUUGCUAUAUGUUGUGUUUUUUUGUUCUUGCACCUCCACUUUCCCCUUGUCCUUUACUUCAUUAAAUCCGUCAGGGGACAUGCCUUUUGUUUUUCAAAACAGCAUGUCUAACUCCUUGGUUUCUAAACUCUGGUGCUUAUUCUUUCAGUCAGUGGUCUAAACACAGAAUAAAAACUAUGGCAGUGGCACGCCAUCCUCCUUGUUUUCUCCUCUCCUUUUAGCAUUGUGCUUUUUCAGACCACUGCAAACAGCAGCAAGCUGCUUUAGACUUUUUCUAGGAGGAGCUUGUGAUUACUCAAGUUAUCAGUCAUGUAUAUAACGUAUUGAGCUGUCCCAGUGGAAGAGCUGGGAGGACGGAUGACAGUAUGAAGAAAAACAUCUACUGUAGCAAAAGGAGACGACUUUUAAGAGAAGUCAAAACUGCAUAACAUUGUGCUUCCUUUUGAGCAGAAACCUGUAAUCAGACAAAAUCAACUGUGUAUGUGAAUAUUCAUUGUAUAAAGAUAAUGAAAGUAAAUAAAGUACUUAAAUAUUAUAAUUACACAGAGCCACUGCUCCAUUGACGGAAAUCUGUGAUGCCUUUUGUUCUUAUCAGAAGUAGAUGGGACAUUUCAGGUUGCCUUCAUCGUAGCCACUAACAAGAUUAGGUAUCACCUGGUCAGGUGUAUCCCGUCAAAGCAAAGCUUUUUCAUGAUACUGUAUAUCAUUUCAGUAAGUGAUGAUGCAGCAGGAAACUUUGUGGUGACUAUGGUUGAGGCCAUCUGAAAUGCAUCCAAACUGUAACAUAUCGCGUGUAGAUACACACUGUAAACACCAACUACACUGUACAGAAUGCCCCUUUACUGGAGACGAUGUGUAUAGAAGAUUCAUUUUUAAUCUGCUUUCAGCCAUUUUAAUGAAGAGAUGGAUUUAUGAGAUACAAAUAAAUAAGUGAAUAAACCCCCUCCAUGACCAUG